UCGUUUGAAAAUGCAAAUUUGACGGAUUGUUUUGUUGCGCUGUUUUGGUAAGCGUUGUAUUUGUGAGUGCUCGAGGAGCGUUCGAGUUGAUUUUGAUCGAGCGCUACUCCAUCACGAAUUAGCCAAGAGUCCCCAUGCCACUGGAUCUUCCGCUCUAUUACGCUGGCGUAGCGGAUGAAGACAUGCUCGAUGAGUUUCUUGUGGGCAGGCGAGAACUGGACCAUGGCCAAAGCUCAACCAUGGACGUCCGGAGAUUUCUCAAUGUCAAGUACCAUCAGGCUUCCGUGGGAAAAAUAAAGAAGGUUGCUGCUGUGUCAACCAUCGCCAUUAUAUUUUUUAUAGUUAUUAUAUUCACCUUUGGCUCCCCUCCAGUUAAAAAAAUUGCGAUGAAGACUUCUUCGGCUCAGUCACCAACUGCUGAAGAGUCUGGUACCAAGCAACACUUCUUCGUGCUGGCCACGAAUCCCGACAUUCCUGUCAAACUUUCUCUCAAUUGCCAUACGUGCUCUUUAGUGAGCUCUUCUGGAAUGCUGCUUGGCAGUAAUGCAGGCUCAGAAAUAGAUUCUGCCGAUUGUGUGUUCAGAUUGAACUCUGCGCCUACUCUCGGUUAUGAGAGAGACGUUGGAAGAAGAACCACUGUUCGGGUUGUCUCAGUGACAGGUUUCAAGUCUUUGAUUAGGGAUUCUUGGCAGGAAACCUUAGCUUCGUUUGAAGAUCUAGAUUACAUGAUACUGCUCGGACCGGAUGAGGCGCUGUGUAAAAAUUGUACACUUUCUAAACUGUACCAGAAAUUUGCCAAAUACCUCAAAAAUACUGGUGUUCUUCGGGUAACACAAGAAACCUACCAGAAAGUCACACAAGAAUCAAGAAACCUUGGAAUAAAAUACGGAAGGCGGGACCUUCCCAUUUCUACAAGAUAUUUCACGAUGAAUCUCGUUCGUCAGUUUUGUCCCCGAAUCAGGGUAUUUGGUAUGGAAUUGGAAAACCCCUGUGAAAGACAUGGAACCGUUCCUGUGUUCUACUGGCUUCCAGAUUCCUGGCAGAGCAAUUGUUUGAGUCAAGGAGAAAGAGUUCACCAACAGUUCUUAAAAGGUCUUGUAAGACUCCGACAGGAAAGACAAAUCUUUAAAUCUUGGGCACACAAGUAUCACAUUGAGUUCUUCUAUCCUUCUCAUAUAGUUACAUGAACAAUAUGAAGUCCAACAAACAGUUUAUUUUUCAAUUAAUCCUCCAUUUAAGGAAACUAUGAAGAACGAACACAAGAUCUAAACCUCAUUCUUGCGUUCCUCUUUCCACAACCGAUCUAGCGGCGUAAAACGCAUUCUCUGUGAGAAGGGGGGGAAAGCACAAGCGAUUUACAGCCAAAUAAGGGCAUGUCAGCUUGCUUUAAACCCUAUACUCCUUAGCUAUGCCCUUGAAAUUAUUUUCGACGCACUGAAUUCUUCUGGGUGACCUCCGUUUUUCUGUGACACAGUAGUGUUUCUUUGCGUGAGCUUGCGUUCUAUGAUGCCUAACCUUAAUUUCUGUAAAUCAGGCUGUGAUGUCGUGCCCGGGGAGCAAACUUACACCGCAGCUAUUUUAAAGGGUUGAUUUUUAACCUUGGCUUGUUCUUGAUAACCUGUUUUUAAGGACGCGUCAGAGUAAGACAGAUCAGUGCUAGAGAGUCCACCCCUGCUAUAUCUACACUGAUAACAAUUAUGCGUUUAUGUUUCAAGCUUUUUUUUUUAUGGAGACACAAAAAAACUUUGGAAAGACGUUCGCUGUAUUAUGUUUUUAUUGUAUAAUAUGCCUAGAUUUUUCGAAACAUGUCAUUAUGAUUUUGCCAAUCCCAGUGGCUGAGAUUGUAAAAAUGUAUUGUUUUCUUUGUUCAUUUUCAAAGACGACAAACGGUGAAAUUUAACGGAAGCGUUCGUCCUUGAUAAAUGAACUUUAGUUCUUCAUUGCCUUCUUCUCGCAUCUCCUCUCAUUGUAAUAUUUUUACGAUUCUUUUUAUCAUUUGUAGUAGAUAUCAAUGAGACGUUUUCGAUAUAUCUUGCAUAAGUUACUAGAUAUUAUGUCAAUUACUUGUGCACUUGCAAUUGUUUUAUCAGUGCUACUGAAUGAAAACUCUUUCCUCUCUUUCCAAAUUUGAUUCAAUGACUUUGAAAUCUUUACUUUGAUUUGUGCAAAUUACAAAUUGAUGCUGAUAAAGCUAUCUGGUAAACCAACCAAAUGUAACUGCCUAAUAACUUGUUCAUAUAUGAUAUGUAGUCCAUUUUUUUUUAUCUUUUGAUGGUAGAAGUCGGAAUCUUGUUCUUUCACAAUACAUUAUCAAAUUGCUUCCGCCGACCUCCAAGUCUCGUGUUGUCUGUCUUCUUUGCAAUCUUCAACUUAGCGUCUUCUUUUGGAAGGGGCGGGGAAAGGUUCCCACGAUCGAGACGCGGUUUUUCUGUUCGCUUCCUUUGGGUGUUUUUCUUCGUGUUUCGACGAUUUCCACGUCCCAUUACGCUUGGAAAGGCUGAUUGGUUCUAGGUCUACAUACGAAACAGCUAUGAGAGUGUCUUCUCUUUCAAGUUGAGUUUCUUAGAAUUUGCCUCUUCUUGGAGUGGAAUCUAGCCACGGUAUUGCAAUAUUUUAUUUUGCGAUGGCUUUUUCUUGAUUGAAGAGCGAAGAGUGUUAGAUGACCGUUUCCAAGCCUUUAAAAAGGGAAGAUAAGAAAGAACAAAGAUAAGAUAGCGGGAGAGGGUAAGGAAGCUUGAAGACAGUGGGAAUAAUUGUCUGAAAGAGAAGAAGCUGUUUCGAGAAGAUUUAAAUCGUAAUUUCCUUUUAACAACACAACUCCCACAUAAAUACUAGACACACCAGAGGUUGACGAGUUUAUCAGUUUUUCUUUCUUUUUUAUGCGCUGUUUAUGAAAUGAUUUUGACAUCGUAAAAACGUUUACUUCCAUCUAUACGCCUUAUGUAACACAAAUGUCAAGACAAGAAAGUAAAUAUAGCCUUUUUUUUCAAUAGUUUUUGAAACGCUUAAUCAUUACACGAAAGAAAUGAAAGGCCCAGAGUAACUGUUUUGCCCUUACCUAGCGGUCCAGUAUGAAACUCCCCAUUUAGAUCCUCUGUGCUUUCUAUUUUCUGCUUUUCUUCCUCGGUUUCUUGCUCCUUUUCUUUUUCCCAGUAAUUCUCUUGGACUUUGGUAACGGGAACCGCAUGACCGGGACCUGAGGACGAAUGAUAGCCGCACAAAUUAAAUUAGUUUAGAAUUAGACUUCUUUGGUCGAACUUUUUUGUUCAAUUUGAAAGACAUUUAAAAGAGUACUAUCUGUUUUAUCCGUAAGGUGAAAAUAAACAUUGCAUUUUUAGAC